AACACGAUAGAUGCGGCAUAUCGUCAUCAAAGUACAUUUCCAAACCGUCUAAUGCAGCUAUAGGGUCUUGACGCUGUCGGUCAAAUCUCCGCCCCGCCCACCAGGAAACUACAGUUAGUGUGAGCAACGCAGAAUGGAAAUGUCCUUCCAAACCGGGAGAAAAUAUGAAUUGUGUUCUGGUCUCUAAGGCAACAAAAAUGAAGAACCCUGUGACGCAGCGACGUGCAAUGCAAAACUCUAUAUCUGGACGGGUGCAGCUGGUCUGCAGUCAGUGUUAAGACCUGAUUAGAGGGCAGAACUGAGUUCCUGUCUAUCUUCAGCUGAUCCCGGUAUAGUUUGGCAGCAUUCGGAUGUGGAAGCCUUUGUAGGUGGGAGGGGCGGAACUGAGAUGUCAAUCGGAAGAGCCGAGAGCAUGUCCAUCAUGCAGGCCUUAGCCAUGACCGUGGCUGAGAUACCUGUCUUUCUCUAUUCCAACUUUGGACAGUCUAUAUUCUCUCAGCUGAAAUUGAGCCCCAGUCUGAAGAAGGUGUUGUUCGCCACAGCGCUGGGCAGCGUUGCUCUGGCACUGACCGCACAUCAGUUAAAGAGGGGGGGCAGGAAGAGGAAACAGGUGGUCAGUAAAGAAGAGCAGAAACCAGUGGGCAUUCCAGAACAACUGCUUCGAACCAGCAGACCGGCCUCGCUCAAGAGAGGUCCAGUUCCAGGGCGGCAGAUGAUGAGUCCCAGUGUUCGCAGUAAUGACACACUGAGUGCCGUUUCGUCUCUCGCACCCAGCAAACACUCCAGCUCUUCACACAGUAUCGCCUCUAUGCGAGUCUCUUCCUCUCCCAACCAAUCAGUGAAUGCUGGGAUGCCGUGGGAAUCGGAGCCAGUAGCUGAAGAGCCAGGAGUUAUGGAGGAUGCUAAUGCAGAGAACCUCUAUAUCAUGGGUAUGGAGCUGUUUGAGGAAGCUCUUCGUAAGUGGGAACAGGCUUUAAACAUCAGACACAGAUCUCACUCCGGUGCCUCUAGCAGUCUCGUCCCACAAGGGUCAGAACUUGUGGAGCGUCAGUCUCCUGAACUGUGGAAUCAUCGGUUUGCAGAGAAGCUGGAAACUCUUCUGCACAGAGCGUAUCAUCUGCAGGAGGACUUUGGCAGUACCAUACCACCUGACAGUCUGCUCGCUGACCUGGAGAGUGAAGGGACGUUGAUUCUGCCUCCCCUUGGAAGCUCUCAUCCAAUCCAAGAUGAUGAUGCCACGACAGUCACAUCAGACGAUUCAUUUUUCUCUGCAGCUGAGUUGUUUGAUACAUUUUCUCCAGAUGACACAUUUCAUCACCUGAAGCCUGCAGCUCUGUAUGAAGAGGCUCUGAGUUUAGUUAGAGAUGGAGGUGUGGCCUGCAGAUCACUGAGGACAGAGCUCUUGGAGUGUUACAGUGAUCAGGACUUCCUGGCUAAACUACACUGUGUUCGACAGGCCUUCCAGGUGCUGUUGUUGGAUGAGACACACAGAAUGUUCUUCAUGGAGACGGGGAAGCAGAUGAUCUCUGGACUCAUGGCCAAAGCUAACAAGAGUCCGAAGGCAUUUCUGGAGAGUUAUGAAGACAUGUUGCAGUACACCCAGAGAGAAGAGACGUGGCCAGUAACCAAGAAGGAACUGGAGGGGCGAGGGGUGGUCUGUAUGAACUUCUUCGACAUUGUGCUGGACUUCAUCCUGAUGGACGCGUUUGAAGACCUGGAAAGUCCUCCGUCCUCUGUGGUCGCUGUUCUGCGGAACCGAUGGCUCUCCGACAGCUUUAAAGAGACGGCGUUGGCAACAGCGUGUUGGUCUGUACUAAAAGCCAAGAGGAGACUACUAAUGGUUCCAGACGGUUUUAUCGCUCAUUUUUAUGCUAUCUCUGAGCAUGUGAGUCCAGUUUUGGCUUUUGGGUUUCUGGGUCCCAGACAGCACCUGAGUGAGGUGUGCACCAUAUUCAAGCAACAGAUUGUGCAGUAUCUUAAGGACAUGUUUGACCACGAUAAGGUGCGUUUCACCUCGGUCCCAUCUCUGGCCGAAGACAUCCUCAGUUUGUCCCACAGACGAGCGGACAUCCUGGUUGGUUACCUGGGCAUUGACACUCUACCUGAGACCAAUGGAGCUCUCCCCAAGAGCCCGUGCCAAGCCAACACCGGGCAUCCAGAACUGGGUGAACAGCUCAACUGAGGUUUCAGAGCAAUUCAACACAGUUCUAUAAUACUUGGACUUGGACGACUUAAUCCGUUUUCUUUUGGAAACGCCUUGAUUUUGCUACGUUUAUGCCUCUCAUCCACACUGGAAUGGCGUUUUCCACCAUCGAAAAAUUGUAGACUUUCAAAAGCGCUCUCCAUAUCCGCAUACUUUGGAAAACAAGGACAUUGGGAAACUUAAAACGGAGGUUUCAAACUUAAAUGGAUUAGUGUGGGCGUGGCCUUAAUCACAUAGACUACAUUUAUUCAUCACCUCAGACCAAUCAACGUGACUAUUAAGACUUCAUAGGACUUCAUUCAUUUAAAAGACGCUCCUGCUUCGACCUCGUUUCUUUAAAUGUUUAGAGAGAUUAACGACUACCACGAGGUCAUCGGAGGCCUUUUUGUCAUUUGCUUCUACUAAUUUUCGUUUGCCACCGAAUUCCCAGUGCUGCUAUUUAGAAAUCUUACGUUAUCUUAAUCUUACAUUACCAGAAUGACGGCCAGUUUGUACAGCUCAAAAUCACUGAUGCUUUGUAAACUGAUCCUGUCUGGAACCGUCUUGACUUGAAGGUACCAGGCGGCACGAACGGCAAACUUUUAGCCAAACUUGCAGCCUUGUUUGGAGUUGCAGCUCUUGAAUUGUACCCACACCACAUCAACGGAUGCCUCUUACGUCUGAACACGGGUCUUCAGAUUAUUGUGCAUGAACGUGUGUCGUUAAGCAUUUAUGCUUGUGUUAAUGGCCAAAUAAAGUCUUGCACUGAAUCAUGAGUUGCACUGAACACGUUAUCUGGAGUGGGUGAAUAGAGACGGGUUUUUCUUUGUAUGUAUUUUAGUGUGAAUUACUCAACAGAGACGAGCUUUGGUAUAGAUUAAAAGGUGAAUCUUACAAAAGAAAAUGUUCAGGUCAUAUUUCACCCCAAAAUCAAAAGAAAGAAAAAAGAAAUUAAAUGUUGCUUAAAGAAAAUGAAGCCAAUUUUAGGACCAAUUUUAGGGUUUUUAUUUUAAUUAUUUUUUAUUUUUUUUGCAUUGUGACAUUAUUUUAAAUUUUUUAUUUAUUAAUAGUUUCAAUUAUUUUCAUGGUGACGUUUUUCAAUUUAAGUACAUUUAAAUCCUCGCUAUCGUAAUAAAAUAAAUAAAUAAAUACAUAAAAAAUAUU